UUGCGAGUUGACAUGAACAAAGCAAGCUUAUAUCACUACACGGCUCGUUCUAUCUCAAAGGGUUAAUUUGGUGCGCCCUGUGCGAAUAUAAAACAGUAUCAGAAUCGUAGACUUGUGUUUUUGAUUCUUCGUAGCUGUUGUUAUCCAACAAGAAACAUGGAUUUUGGAUUUGUUGGAUGGAUCGUCGUUCUUGGUAUUGGAGAAGGUCAGCUUUGAGAUGCGAUGCAAGGAGGACGAGGGUCAUCUCUUUCUAUCCUCACACCCCAUUGCCUGUAUAUAUAUAUCCUCUCGGGGAAGCUGAGAGAGGUGUGUUUGUGUUGGCCGUCAGCCUUAGCUUCUUGAUCACAAGCUUUGCCAUGGGGAACCAAGAGGAGAGGCUGGUUCAGAGGGUCACAGAGAUCUAUGAGUGCGUCUCAAAGCUUCCCACGCUGAGCCCAUCCAAGGAAGUGAACGAGCUCUUUACCGAGUUGGUCAACAUCUGCAUCCCUGUGAUCGCCAUUGAUGUGUCCAAGCUGAGCUCCGAGGUGCAGGCGAUGAGGUCCGAGCUCAUUAUGCUCUGUGGAGAGGCGGAGGGCCUCUUGGAGAGCCACCACUCUGAUCUGCUGGCUUCAUAUGACAACCCUCUCGACCAUUUGAGGCUCUUCCCUUACUACUCCAACUAUCUCAAGCUCAGCCUUCUGGAGUACACCUUACUGGCGAGGCACGUGUCGAGCCGGCCUGGCAGGGUGGCGUUCGUCGGCUCCGGACCUCUGCCUCUGACCUCCAUCGUGCUGGCCAAGCGGCACAUGCCGGUGGCGGAGUUCCACAACUACGAUCUAGACCCGACUGCCAAUGAUCGCGCCAGCCGGCUGGUGCGUAGCGAUCCCGACAUGGCGGCGCGCAUGGCGUUCCACACGGCGGACGUGCUCAGCGUGACGGACGAGCUGAGGGGGUUCGACGUGGUGUUCCUGGCGGCGCUGGUGGGGGUCGGUCACGACGAGAAGGUCCGGGUGAUCGAGCACCUCGCGCGCCACAUGGCCCCGGGGGCCGUCCUGGUGGCCCGGAGCGCCCACAGCGCCAGGGCCUUCCUGUACCCGGUGGUGGAGCCAGCGGAACUGACAGGGUUCGAGGUGCUGACGGUGCACCACCCCGUCGACGAGGUCAUCAACUCGGUGAUCGUGGCGAGGAAGCCGAAAGACGACCACGCCGCUGGUGCUGCAGCCGUGACGAGGCCUUGCAAGUGCUGCGAGAUGGUGCAGGGCUUCCAUCACUUCCGCCAUGGAAGCGUGAUGGGUGACGCUGCACCGGAAGAGCUCCCCUCCUGACGGACGAACGCCUCCUCCAUUCCAAGAAAGAGUAGAAGUUGCUGAAUCAUUCUCCAACUAUUGUUGUGUGCUUAAUUCUAAGAUGGUGUGCUGCUAUCAUGUAUGGACUGAACUUUAUUUCGAUCACUUACCUAUGCUUGUUAAAGGAAGUAUCAGAUUCAAGAUUGAACAGCAGAACAUUAAUGUCUUAUUUAAUGCAGGAAAAGGAAAAGAACCUAACAAUUAACAUCAGACUAAUAGCAUAAAAGCUUAGUCCAUAAUCAAAUCAAAUAAAGACAACAGAACUGCC